AUGUCAUUGUUUUUUGUCUUAGAAGACUAAUAGAAUGAGAUUAUUAUUGAGACCCUAAUAUUUAUUUCAAUUUGUUUGGUUCUAAUUUUAUAGCUUACAAAGUAAUAAUAAUUUAUAGCUCUAGAUUUAGAUAGUGUACUAAAUAGAAAACAAUAUAUGAAUAAUGCUAUAUAAAAUAGUCUCUAUAAGAGUUUGAAUAAAAUAAAUAAUAGCUAACAAAAUAUCAUAUGGAAAAAUUGCAUGAGGAUCCUAAGUUUAAAGAAUGGCAAUAAUCAUCAAAAAAGAGUUGA